GCAGUAAGACCACUUAAGCUAUGAUAACGACCAGCCGCAAACUCAAAACGUUAUUUUGAAUAGGAUUGUCCAGUGAUAAUGUCGCCCUCUAGUGUCUGAGUGGAAGUUUCAAACCACAUGACGCUGCCUUCAAUGCUGCCUCGAUUAUUGGACACACACAACCUAUGAAGGUCAGAAGAUGAUUAAAAUGAGUUAUCGGAAGUAAACAUUUAUUGCGAGGAGACUCUAAGAGAAGUGAAGGUUACAGUGAAAGUAUGGAUUUCAGACACUGCUUCUUUCGUCUGCUCCCUUUAGGGGUUUCAGACAUAUUUACUAAUGAAAGAAAGAAAUAUAUAUCUUCUUCUAGACCAUGAAUUUCAGAUGUGUGAAGAGUUAUGCUAAUCUACAGCAAUUCUCUUGUUAUAUGCUAAUUUAAGAAUUAUUUGAGUUGGAACAUCAAGACGCUUGUGAAAUUAAAAAAGUACAGACUUUGAGGGUGCCUUGAACGCCUCAUACUCCUUACGGAGUCACGUUUGGUAGCAUCUCCGGUGUCAGCGGUUAUUUGAGCCUUUUCCGCUGUUGGAAGGUCUAGCACAGCUGGGACCGGUGAGUCCCGGACCAGGGUCAUGGCUUUGAAGCUGAUUCAGAGGUUUCCGUUCAGGAUCCGAUGUUACCCUGUUGGAUCCGUCAGGCCUCUGAGUACCAGCAGCCAGUCCUUAUGUGUAACUUGCCUGUGUACAUCAGCCGGCCGGUGUAUCAGGAUACGGGGCUGCCGGAAGCUACUACAGGACAGCGUGACGAGGAGUCUGACCACCAUCGUCAGGGAGCCUGCCUUCAUCACCAGCAGCUCAGUGGGAAUCCACAGAGAUUCGGUCCCUCGGUUUUGUCUGACCCAGCUGCAUCGACCCACAGCUAUAGAGGAGCAAAGUUUCCUGCACCGCCUGGAGACCUGCUCCUCCUCCAGGCAGGUUUUCAGACUGCUGCGCUCAGUGGAAAUAGUGUCUGACACCAUGGCCGCAGCAGCCCUUCACCGUGUGGCCGACCUGGAGCAGGAGGGUGGUGCUCUGAACAACCCCACUGUGUUGGAAGAGGCCACUAUCAGGGCCCUGUGCUUCCAGCUGGAGCAGGACUCUGGACGGUUGACUGAUGCUGGACUGGUUUCGGCUCUCUUGGCCUGUACACGGCUUUACUUGGAUCCCUGGAGCACACUGAUGGUGAGGCUCAUGUCUGAGAGCCAGGCAAGGCUUGACAGGGGGGAGAUGACCAUAGGGGAACUGUGUACUCUGGGGCAGGCGAUGCUGGCCAUAGAGGGUCCAGGCAGUGUGAUGCUGGAGCAGUUGAUGGAGCAAAUCCAGAGGCAGGAGCUUUCUAAUUGGAGCCUAGCAGACCUUGUUGCUGUUUAUAGACUUCUGCAAGGUGGUGUGGGUGUAGAUGGAAAAUACAGGGACCUCCUGAAUGCCAUGCACAGCCACGCUGUGACUGUUACUUCCCGUAUGGAUCCUGCUGCUGUCAGCGGGGUGCUAGGCGCUCUCGUAACCCUGAAUCAGAUGCAGGCCAUGCCUCUUGUGAUCAAUCUGUGUAAGCAGGCUGUGCGGCAUGUGCCUCACUUCACCGAUGAGGAGCUCACCCAUGUACUUGGGGCACUAAUGCACUUUGGUCACAGUGAUCAUUACUUUAUGGAGGCGAUGGAGAAAUAUGUUCCUACAGUGGCCUUCACCUCCCACCCAGAGACAAUUACUAAAGUGAUGCAGUUCUUUGGACGCAGGAACAUCCUUUCCCCGCCCGUCUUUGAUGCCAUUGCUGAGAGCUUUGUGUACCGAGCAGAUGACUACAGCACCAGCCAGGUGGCCAGGCAGAUAAUGGCUUUUGGGAAGCUGGGAUACCUCCCACCCAAUGCGGGCCAGGUGUUUGGGAAAGUAGAAACUAUCCUGCACACGCGUUUCUCACAGUUCCAGCCUCGAACGCUGCUCAACCUGCUCCAUGCCUGCACCCUGGUGGAGAGGUUCCCUGUUAAUUUUGUCUCCAAAGUUUUCAGCAGUUACUUCCUCCAGCAGCUGCAAGAGCAAGGCAUGGGAAUUGAGCGGGCUGUUCUGGCACAACUGACUCAGCUCUACAUGACUGUAAAGUUGGAGUGUCCCUUCUAUGAGGGUCCCAAACUCCUUCCAAAAUACCGCGUAAAGUCUUUCCUCAUGUCUGGACGCUCUCUGGAGACACCAGUGGAUCCACAUCUGUACAACUCUGUGAAAACUGGAUUGGUCGAUUUGCUCGGGGAUCGUUCAUACUUUGGAUCAAAAGUUCUGACUCCGUACUGCUACACACUCGAUGUUGAGAUAAAACUUGAUGAAGAGGGAUAUGUGCUGCCUGCCAGCCAAACUGAUGAUGUAUACAAAAGGAUCGCUCUGUGUAUUGAUGGACAAAAGAGGUUCACUUCAAACUUGAGGCAGCUUCUUGGAAAAGAGGCCAUCAAGCAGCGGCAUCUGCGCCUUCUGGGAUAUGAAGUUGUUCAGAUUCCUUACUUUGAGUAUGAAAAGCUGCAAAGCAAGAACAGCAUGGUGGAGUAUCUACACCAAAAAAUCUUCCCUCACACCUACAGGCUCAGCUGGUGACCGCGAAACAAUCUCGCUGUGGUUGGAACGUCAGGGCUUUUAAAAGGAAAAACUCCAUAUUUAUUUUUUGCGAACAGUCAUUGCCAAGUUAAUGUGUUUUAAGUUAUCACCUGCACAUGCACAAAUUUAACUGGACAAUAAACUGU